AUGGUUUGGCACAUCAUUGAGUGGAAUUUGUGGGAGGGAAAAUUCGAGAAAGGAGGUCAAGGACAGUUGGGGGUCUGGCAAAAGGGUUCCAAUGAGAAAUGGUGGAACAUCAAAGUUGCAUGGUUUUGCUUAUACAAGAGUAUAGUUACUGGGACCACUCACAUACACUGUAAGCAUGCUAGGGAUGUAACCCAGCAGCAAACAAGAAAAGAAAAAGGGGGCAAAGAAAAUCUUACUACUGAACUCACCCUGGUCCUUCUUGGACAGUCGUCAGGGAGUCAAACUAAGCUCUGUAAACAUGUGGAAGGGUCGCUCAACACCACAGUCCUUGUAGCACAGAAGAGGGGUCCAACAACUAAAAAAGAGAAAUCAGAACAAAAAAAGCCGAUGGAUGGUGUCAAUGGAAACAGGAAGAAUGUUGAGAACUCGGCUAAGAAACAAUAA